CGUUAAAUUAAUAAAAAGUGACAUCAGAAAAAUAACAGUUCAUUUUUUACAUUUUAACCGCGACGAGUAACAUUUUUGUAAUCACAAUAUGUCAAAUAAAUCCAGGGAAAGCGACGUUUUUAGCCAACGUUAGCUGCGCAACGUUCAGUAGCUAAGCUAACUAAAUUCGCCCCUCGGUGCUAGUUUCCCGUACGCAUCAAUGAAUGGCGGAGGCAAAUGGAGGCAUCUAUCAACAAUGUACGAUAGUCACCUAUUUGGAUGCAUAAUGAUGGAUUUUUAUCAGUAGCGGGGGAAUACCUCAAGAGGGCAUACGCUUCUCGGCGAGAGUCAAGUUGAUUGAAGUACAGCAUCGCGAAGAAAUCAUGUGUAACUCAGGUACACACACCGAGCUAGGUUAGCACCCACAGCUAACGUCGCUAUCCUGGAUUGUGUUCUUUCUAUUUCCAAGAACUUGUGUGUGUUUGGGAAUCAACUUGUGGAUCAAGUCGUCCACUCACCCAAGCUGCAGAUACGCGCCGUGAGAGAAGAAGUGUUAUGGCGUUUUGGACUGACAGUGGCCUCUGUCCUCUGUAGGAGAGGCGACAAAGCGCCACAAAUUCAAGCUUUUUGCAUGAAUCCGAGCUGGAGUAACGUCCAAAAAUCUCCAUUUCACCUCUGAUCCCAAACGUCAUUGACGUGAUUUACACAAAGAAGAUGAUGGAGGAAGUUCCACGCGACGAGGAACAUUUGGAUCCAGUCAUGGCCUGGUGAAAGUAACUUGGGAAUAUUUAGUAUAACACAAUUCUCUUGUCGCCGGGGGAGGAAAAAACCAAACAUGUCUGCAAUCGGUGAGUUUGUGCCACCCCCUGAAUGUCCCGUUUUUGAGCCAAGUUGGGAGGAUUUCUCGGACCCUCUUGGAUUUAUCAACAAGAUCCGACCCGUCGCCGAGAAAACUGGCAUCUGCAAGAUCAGACCACCGCAGGACUGGCAGCCCCCGUUUGCGUGCGACGUGCGUCACUUCCGGUUCACGCCUCGCGUACAAAGAUUGAAUGAACUUGAGGCACUCACUCGGGUAAAGCUCAACUUCCUGGAUCAAAUAGCAAAGUUCUGGGAGCUGCAAGGAUGCAAGAUUCGUUUCCCACACGUGGAGCGAAAGAUCCUGGACCUGUAUCAACUCAGCAAGGUUGUGUCAUCCGAAGGGGGCUUUGUGACCGCGUGUAAAGAAAAGAGGUGGUCCAAAGUGAGCAGCCGAAUGGGCUUCCCGCCAGGGAAAGGCACCGGCUCACUCCUUCGCUCCCACUAUGAGAGGAUCCUUUACCCCUAUGAGCUCUUCCAGUCGGGGGCCACUGUACCUGGCAUCCAGCAACUAUACGAGGAGGGAGACGACUUUGAGGAAGUGGACGAGGGAGUUGGCGAGGAGGCGGCGGAGGAGGACGACCCAGAGGAAAACGAGGACAAAGACGGAGAGGUUGGUGCGGCGCAGGUGAAAGAGCGUCCUCUGGCCGAAAGACGCUCGAGGCGACUUAAGUCGGAGAGGGAAAACAAAGAGCCCAAAGGCCUCAAACUCUUUGCUAGCAGUCCCAAGUUGGUGGACUUGGAAAUUGUGUCGACAGAUGACGGCUACAAGAAACAUCGUCACCUGAAAGCUCAAGCCUUCGCCAUCAAAAUGAGACCGCGCAAGGAGACGCUCGAAGUCAACUUUAUCGACCUCUACUUCUGUCUGAUGUGCGGACGUGGCGACGAGGAGGACCGCCUCCUGCUGUGCGACGGCUGCGACGACAGCUACCACACCUUCUGCCUGAUUCCACCUCUGCAAGAUGUGCCCAAAGGUGACUGGCGCUGCCCCAAGUGUGUCGCAGAGGAGUGCAGUAAGCCCAGAGAGGCGUUUGGCUUUGAGCAGGCUGUGAGGGAAUACUCGCUCCAGAGCUUCGGAGAGAUGGCCGACCAGUUCAAGUCGGACUAUUUCAACAUGCCAGUCCAUAUGGUGCCCACCGAGCUGGUGGAGAAAGAGUUCUGGCGCCUGGUGAGCAGCAUCGAGGAGGAUGUCAUCGUGGAGUACGGCGCCGACAUCAGCUCCAAGGAUGUGGGCAGCGGGUUCCCCGUUCGAGACGGCAAGAGGAGGCUCCUGGGAGAUGAGGAGGUGAGUUCAAAACGAGACGGCUUUGCGCAUAACGGACUCCCAUUUUUGUUUAAAUGGCGCAUCUUUUGCUGUUCCCGUCAGGAGUACGCCAACUCUGGAUGGAAUCUAAACAACAUGCCAGUGUUGGAGCAGUCGGUCCUCACGCACAUCAACGUGGACAUCUCAGGCAUGAAGGUGCCCUGGCUCUAUGUCGGCAUGUGUUUCUCCUCCUUCUGCUGGCACAUCGAGGACCACUGGAGUUACUCCAUUAAUUUCCUCCAUUGGGGCGAGCCCAAGACUUGGUAUGGAGUGCCGGCGUCCGCGGCGGAGCAGCUCGAGGCGGUGAUGAAAAAGUUGGCUCCGGAGCUGUUUCAGUCGCAGCCGGACCUCCUCCAUCAGCUGGUCACCAUCAUGAACCCCAACAUCCUCAUGGAGCACGGCGUGCCUGUGUACAGGACCAAUCAGUGCGCAGGGGAGUUUGUGGUCACCUUUCCGCGAGCCUACCACAGCGGAUUCAACCAGGGCUACAAUUUUGCAGAGGCUGUGAACUUCUGCACCGCUGACUGGUUACCAAUGGGCCGUCAGUGCGUGGCCCACUACCGGCGCCUUCGGCGCUACUGCGUCUUCUCGCAUGACGAGCUGCUUUGCAAGAUGGCCGCCGAUCCGGAGAGCCUGGACGUGGAGCUGGCCGCGGCCGUUGUCAAGGAGAUGGGGGAAAUGAUGGAUGAGGAGACUCGGCUUAGAAACGCAAUCCAAGAAAUGGGGGUGCUGUCUUCUGAGCAGGAAGUUUUUGAGCUGGUCCCGGACGACGAGCGCCAGUGCCACAAGUGCAAGACCACCUGCUUCCUGUCGGCGCUCACCUGCUCUUGUUGUCCCGAUCGGCUGGUUUGUCUCCACCAUGCAGCAGAUCUCUGCGACUGCCCUCUCAGCAACAAGUGCCUCAGGUAUCGCUACGAUCUGGAGGAGCUUCCGGCGAUGCUGCAGGGUGUGAAGAAUCGUGCGCAGUCAUACGACACCUGGGCAAAAAGGAUCAACGAAGCCUUGGCUGCAGACCAGAAGAACAAGAAAGACCUCAUUGAGCUCAAGGUUUUGCUGGAGGACGCAGAAGACAGGAAGUACCCGGAAAAUUCUCUCUUCCGUCGCCUCAGAGAAAUGGUGAAAGAGGCCGAGACUUGCUCCUCCGUGGCCCAGAUGUUGCUCAGCCGCAAGCAGAGACACAGCAGCCGCUUGCGUUCUGAGAGCAGUCGGACCCGCAGCAAGCUGACCGUGGACGAGCUCAAGGCCUUUGUGGAGCAGCUUUACAGGCUGCCCUGCGUCAUCAGCCAGGCCAGACAAGUGAAGGAGUUACUCGAGAAUGUGGAAGACUUCCACGAGCGAGCCCAGGUCGCGUUGGCCGAUGAGCUGCCGGAUUCCUCCAAGCUGCAGGCCCUCCUGGACCUGGGCAGCGGCCUGGAUGUGGAGCUGCCCGAGCUCCCUCGCCUCAAACAGGAGCUCCAGCAGGCCCGUUGGCUCGAUGAGGUGCGGAUCACCUUGACGGAGCCUCACCGCGUCACGCUGGAGCUGAUGAAGCGGCUCAUCGAUUCCGGGGUGGGCCUGGCUCCCCAUCACGCCGUCGAGAAGGCGAUGGCUGAACUGCAGGAGAUCCUCACGGUCUCUGAGAAAUGGGAGGACAAGGCCCGGGCUUGCUUGCAGGCCAGGCCUCGACACAGCAUGGUGACGUUGGAAAGCAUCGUGCUGGAAGCCAGGAACAUUCCAGCAUACCUCCCGAAUAUUUUGGCUCUACGAGAAGCCCUGCAAAAAGCCAAAGACUGGACCGCCAAGGUGGAUGCUAUUCAGAGCGGGAGUAGCUACGCUUACCUGGAGCAACUGGAGAGCCUACUGGCUCGGGGGCGUUCCAUCCCCGUCCGUCUCGAUCCGCUGGCCCAGGUGGAGUCUCAGGUGGCCUCGGCGCGAGCCUGGAGGGAGAGGACCGGCCGAACCUUUCUCAAAAAGAACUCGACAUACACACUACUGCAGGUUCUCAGUCCUCGCGUGGACAUCGGCGUGUACGGCAACAGCAAGAGCAAGCGGAAACGAGUGAGGGAGCUCAUGGAGAAGGAGCGAGGAGGCUUCGACCCCGACAUCCUGAGCGACCCGGAUGAGAGCCUGGACGAGGCGCGAGACCCCUCGGCCGUCGUCGCCGCCUUCAAAGCCAAAGAGCAGAAAGAAGUGGAGGCCAUCCACUCGCUGCGCGCCGCCAACCUGGCCAAGAUGGCCAUGGCCGACCGAAUCGAGGAAGUCAAGUUCUGCCUGUGCCGGAAGACGGCCAGCGGCUUCAUGCUGCAGUGCGAGCUGUGCAAGGACUGGUUCCACGGCGUGUGCGUGCCUCUGCCCAAGACGGGAACGCAGAAGAAGCUCGGCGCCGGUUGGCAGAGCAACAGCAAGGACUCCAAAUUUCUCUGCCCGCUGUGUCAACGAUCCAGGCGGCCCAGGUUGGAGACCAUUCUGUCUCUGCUGGUGUCGCUGCAGAAGCUUCCCGUCAGACUACCGGAAGGGGAGGCACUCCAGUGUUUGACGGAGCGGGCGAUGAGCUGGCAGGACCGGGCCCGUCGAGCUCUGGCCACAGAGGAACUGUCGUCCGCCCUGGCCAAGCUGUCCGUUUUGAGCCAGCGCAUGGUGGAGCAAGCCGCACGGGAGAAGACGGAGAAGAUCAUCAACGCCGAGCUGCAAAAAGCCGCAGCCAACCCAGACUUGCAGGGUCACAUCCAGACCUUCCAGCAGUCAGGCUUCAGCAGAGCCACGUCGCCUCGCCAGUCCGUGGACUACGACGACGAGGAGACCGACUCGGAUGAGGACAUCCGGGAGACGUACGGUUACGACACAAAGGACUCGGGCGAAGUGAAGCCGUACCUCUUCUGCGACGACGAGAUCCCGGUUAAGUCAGAAGAGGUGGUCAGUCACAUGUGGCCGAGUGCCACGCCCUCCUUCUGCGCCGAACACGCCUACUCCUCAGCUUCCAAGUCUGUCGUGCAAAAUGUGGGAACGCCGAGAAAACAGCCCAGGAAGACUCCUCUGGUACCUCGCAGUCUGGAGCCGCCGGUGCUGGAACUGUCUCCGCAAGCCAAGGCCCAGCUGGAGGAGCUGAUGAUGCUGGGCGACCUGCUGGAGGUGUCUCUCGAUGAGACCCAGCACAUCUGGAGGAUCCUGCAGGCCACGCAUCCCCCCUUGGAGGAGAGAUUCCUUCAGGUUAUGGAGCCUGACGACGGCCCGAUGGAGAAGUCCCUGAAAAUCAAGAUCAAGGAUUCAGAGAAGAAGAGGAAGCGGAAGUUGGAGCGAGCCGAGCACCACCACCAUCACCACGUGCUCAUGUCGUCCGCCGCCGGCGCCCGACCGCCCAAGUCCAAGGAGCUGAAAAGGGCCGGCCAGGAGCUGGGCCUCGGGGGCAAAGCCAAGAAGAAGAAGCUGAAACUGGGCCUGGAUAAGAACCGGGAGAUGAAGCAGCUGGCUAAACAGUUAGCCAAGGAGGAGAAAGAGAGGAAGCGGAAGGAGAAAGCGGCCGCCAAGGCAGAGGCCAUCAGAGAGGGACUGGAGAAGAGGAAGGAGAAGAAGAUUCUCGACAUUCCCUCCAAGUACGAGUGGUCCGGUGCCGAAGACUCCAACGACGAGAACGCCGUGUGCGCCGCCAAAAACUGCCAAAGACCGUGUAAAGACAAGGUGGACUGGGUGCAAUGCGACGGCGGCUGCGACGAGUGGUUCCACCAAGUCUGCGUGGGGGUCUCGUGCGAAAUGGCGGAGAACGAAGACUACAUCUGCGUGGACUGCUCCCUCAAGGCCGUCGGGCCGAGGCGGGGAGGCGGCGCGGCCGAGGUGGAGGUGGCCGAGGAAACGGUGGUGGUGAUGGCCGCGCCCAGCCUGCUGACGGCCGCCGGCGCCUCGUGGUCCCGCCCCGUCGCCGCCGUCCGUCUAACCCCGGCGGAGGAUCCUCAGCAGACCAGUUAGCACCACGUCAGGCGUCGCAAACUGACUUUAAACGCCCAGUCCAGGAUGAUGGAACUAGCUUCAACGUCGAAGCUAGUUCUUCAACUUCCUGUAUCAUAAACCUCAACACACAAAUAUUUUCCAGCCUUCUUGGACCGAAGCCGAGUUUUAGCCCCGAGAACCAUCCACCAGCUUCUUCCCGGGGAUCUCCCAACGCUUUCAAUGCCCCGUCACCACUCAAUCAGCCAACACGUGUCGUGUUUCAACAAAACGACUCUUCCUUUCUGUGCGGCCCUUCCGAGACUCAUCUGGAGGACGAAAUGGUUGUAAUGUAGUCAAAUUAUUUAUAAUGUAUAUAGCUCAAAAGCAAUUAAAAUAAUGCUUUGUGUCUUUUUUUUGUUUUGUUUUGUUUUCUCACCUUUUAAUAAACAAUUCCUAGUCAAACA